UUGCAUCGACGGGACGUAAAUUGAACUUUUCCGGUUGUAGUGGCGUGCCUUUUCUCCUACCUCCAUUGUCCGAUCCGAUCUCGGUGUCUCUUGUGUGAAACUGGACCCUCCCGCUGAUGAUGAUGAUGAUGACAUCGUGGAGCCAUUGCCGUCGAGUCAAGUGGAGCUGAAAAAAUCGCAUCAGUCUUCAGUUCGAGCUCAAUCAGUGAUCAUCCAUCACCGCCGUGUUGUAUAUCUAUCGUACGAGGGAUAGAAUGUGGGGAAGAAAUGAACAAACCGAGCAGAGAGUUUCCUCCCGAUAGAUAGGAGUGGGUUCGUGUGAUGCAGCAGCCUGGUGAUUGGUGAAAUAUCGUACAUAUUUGCAUUUCGCUGCCAAUUGCCAUAGUGGAAUAGGGGACGGGGGGCUCAAGUGUGCACUCGAAUUUCUUCCCUGUGUUGUGAUUUCAGAGCUAUCGAUGUCUGGCCUGAUACUAAAAUAUCUGUGAAAAGUUUUAUUGAAUCGUUAUAUCGUAAUACAAAACAAAUAUAUUCGACAGCACCCGUAAAGAUUGGAAUAUAAUCCGCAGGUGGAAAAAAUUGCUGAUUAACGCAAAGUUUUGUUAUCAUAUACAAAGUUUGGCUUCUUGUGGAGGGGCUGCAACUCCUCUGGAAUGGAUGAGAUUAAAGCUGCUUUGGCAGAUGCUGACCCGUUCAGCAGCUGGUGGCCGUUCAUUAUAUCCGGCAUCGUCUUUCUGAUUACCACAGUCAGGAUGUAUAUGGGUGGUCAGGUUUGCCCCAACACAAAUCCCAUCCGGGACCAGGUGGUUAUCGUGACCGGUGCCAGCGGGGGAAUCGGGAAGGAGUUGUGCAAGGAAUUGGUGCGCCGCUCGGCUCACGUCAUAAUGGCCUGUCGGGAUAUGGACAAAGGAGACCGAACGCGUCAGUCAAUCAUUCGUGAAAUACCGGGAGCCUCGCUGGAGUUACUCCCACUGGAUUUGCGCUCGUUCGACUGUGUGCGACGGUUCGUGCGGGAGGUGCAAUCGACUCACCGACAGGUUGAUGUGCUAAUUAACAACGCCGGCAUAAUAUUCCAUCCGAACGAACGAACCGCAGAUGGGUUCGAGACGCAUUUGCAGUGCAACUAUUUAGGACACUUUCUGCUAACUCAACUGCUGCUGCCACUGCUGAAGCAGGCAUCGCAAGGUCGGAUAAUUAAUGUCUCCGCCCACGGUUACACGGCCGGUAAGAUGAACAUCGAGGAUCCGCUCAACACUGGCAGCUGGGCGCCCGGGUUCCAUGCGCGGGAUGCAUUUUCGCACUCGAAGCUGGCCGUCGUGAUGGCCACAAGAGCCCUCGCUGGGAGGCUGUGCAAGGAAUAUUCCAAAGUCACUGUAAAUGUUUGCAGUCCUGGGUUGGUGCGGGGUACCGACCAUCUACGAUAUUCCCCCAUAAUGAAAGCUCUCUUCGCCAGAGCCAUAACCUAUCCCUGGAUGUGGUUAUUUAUGAAGACUCCUUAUUAUGGCGCACAGACCAUGAUCCGACUGGCGACCGAUCCUACGCUGAGCGCAAUUUCAGGAGAAUUUUUCAAUGACUGCGAACAGACUGACGUUUCCGAAUUGGCCAAAGACGAUCUGCUAGCGGAAAAGCUGUAUGAAGUAACACUAAGGAUGCUCAAUUUAUAGUGUAGGAUUUAUUUUAUCUGACAAGAACCUUAUUUUUAUUUGGAAAUUUUUUUUUUGCAUAAUAUAGCUAAUAAAUUCCACCAAAAAG